CCUGCCCGCGGCCUGCCCGGGGCCUGCCCCCGUGAGGGACGGGACUGUGCUGACAGCUGCUGCCGUAGGGCUCUCUCUGUCUGCUCUGCCCUCUCCUUUCUACUCCGGCCCCGGGGCGGGAGGCUGCUGAGGCACCGCUGGCCUCCCCGGGUGGGCGCGGGUCUGGUCCUGCGAAGCGACUUAUCCCAGGUGUCUCCGCCUUCCGGGCCGCCGCCCUGGCAGGGGCUGCCGUGCUUUAGAAGGUGUCGUUCUGGCCGCUGCAGCCACAGUGUCGGCUUCUUCGGCUCCUGAGCUGAGGUGAGAGAGGAGUUCCGGCGCAUCCCUCGUCACCAGCUGCCUCCGCCUUUGUCACUCGAGGUUUGCGCCUGGCAAGGAGCGCGGGGCGCGGUGGGCAGAUAGCUCACCAUGAACUGUAAGUGUGAAGAUAAUUUUAAAAGUGAACAGAACAAUAUUCUUCCUUCUGAGAGCUGGCUACAGGAUUCUGAGUUCCUGCAGUGCUGUCCUAUUCACUGCAUUUUCUUAAGACGACACUUGGGCCUAUGUUCCUUUUUGCACAUUAGGUGCUAAUAGAGUUAUUUGCUUCGACAGAGGAAAUGCAAAUCAAUGAAAUUACAUUUUGUGCAGGUUGUCUUUAACUUUAUUGGCAAUGUCUAUGAUUUUAUCAGCCUCUGUAGUCCGUGUGAGGGAUGGACUCCCACUGUCUGCAUCUACAGAUUAUGACCAGAGCACAGGAAUGCAAGAAUGUAGGAAAUAUUUUAAAAUGCUCUCCAAGAAACUUUCUCAGCUUCCUGACAGAUGCACUCUGAAAACUGGGCAGUAUAAUAUAAACUUUAUAAGUUCUUUGGGAGUGAGCUAUAUGAUGUUGUGCACUGAAAAUUAUCCCAGUGUCUUGGCUUUCUGCUUCCUGGAUGAGCUUCAGAAAGAGUUCAUCACUACCUACAAUAUGAUGAAGACAAAUACUGCUGUCAGGCCGUACUGUUUCAUAGAGUUUGAUAAUUUCAUUCAGAGGACCAAACAGAGAUACAACAACACACGUUCUUUGUCAACAAAGAUGAAUCUUGCUGACAUGCAGACAGAGAUCAAGCUGAGACCACCUUAUCAAAUUUCUGUGUCAGAACUUAGUUCAGCUAAUGGGUUCACAAGUUUAUCUAUGCCAGAAUACAAGGGUACUGGUAAGAUAUCUGCAGCUCCUCAUCAGCGUCUGGAACCUGUGACUCUGCCAGGGGUUGUCUCAUUUGUGCUCAGUCUGUUAUGCGGGGCUUUGAAUUUAAUUCGUGGUUUUCAUGCCAUCGAAAGUCUUCUGCAGAACGAAGGUGAAGAUUUCAGCUAUGUUAUUGCGUUUUUUCUUGGCACAGCAGCCUGUUUGUACCAGUGUUACCUGUUUGUGUACUACACAGGCUGGAGGAAUGCCAAAUCCUUCCUGACCUUUGGCUUAAUUUGCCUGUGUAACAUGUAUCUGUAUGAACUGCGCAACCUGUGGCAGCUCUUCUUUCAUGUGACUGUGGGAGCAUUUUCUACCUUACAAAUUCGGCUGCGACAACCACAAGGAAAGUCCCCUGAUUACAAUGUCUGACAAGUCCUGGAACACUUAGAGGCAGUUUUAUCCAACAGUUUUUCACUCUCAGGAAUGUAAAUCUGUUCUCCAGAAGCAGCAGCUGUCUGGAUGGGGCUUUUUUGUUUUGUUUUGUUUUCUUAAAUAAAGCAAUGUGAGAUGCCUGUGGACAUCUUUCACUUGGUUAAACUUUAGGGUUUUUUUUUUGGGAGGGUGUUGUUUGUUUGUUUUCAUUUUUACUGGGUUUUUUUGGGUUGUUUUUUAAAGACACAAAAGAAUCCAGGACUAGAGGAGAAAAAUGGGUCCUAUCUAUGCAGUCAAAUGUGUGUAGGAACGCCAAGUUCAGAGAAUUUGACUGGUAGCAUAAAGCUUCAUUCAAAAGCUUACAAAUGGAAGGAAUGUAUGGAGUAUGUGUUCUGCAUAUCAUGCAAGCUCUUUACUUCCAAACUCAGUUUUGCCUUUGUGAGGCAGUAGGGGUAGGUUAAAUAAAUAGUAAUAAUGCUAUUGCAUAUUAUCAAGGUAGAUUUGGAAUGUCUAAGAUACUACGUUUUGGAAUGUUUUGUUUCAUAUUGACAUGUAUAUGAAUGUUUUCUUAAUUUAAAUGUAACCUGGAAACUCUAUUUCUGGGCAUCAGCUUUAUGGCACCUGUGGCCUCACCUGUCUAAUGCUAUGAAUACUUCAACGUUAUUUUCAUUUAUGAAUUCCUUUUAAUUAUCUUUUGAAAGUGAUCUCUGUGGACAGCGUUUCUUUUAGUAAUUAAGUGUUCAAAAAUCUGCCACCUGUGCUGGGAGUUUUGUAUGCUUCCUGUGUUCGAACUCUGGAAAGCUUGGAAGGAAAUGGAUUGGUGAGUAAAUGGAGUGACUCCUA